AUGCAGACCUGCCAUUUGGCUAAACAAGCUUUUGACGAGGCAAUUGCAGAGUUGGACACUCUUGUUGCAGACCCGCAACCAUCCUCUCUCAAACAGAAAUGGGUCUCUCUUGUUGUCCCAAAAAUGGGUCUGCAAAAGAUUGUUUGGACGGCGAGUUCAUCUUCUCCGUCCGAUCAUCUUCUCCGGCCUCGGUUGCCCGAUCACCGUUGUUCAAGAAUGGAGUGCGACACACCGUUUGAUGAUUCGUGCAUUGCAUGGUUGGGGGCCAAUUCAAUCAUUCCCAUGGCCGACCCAAAACCAUACCCACAAUUCUACGUUGACUUCCAGGUACGGUUCACAUAUCCUCCGUCCGAUUUCAUGGACGACAAUGAUGAUUCGGAGGGGGAGGACGACGACGAUAUUGAUUGCUUAGAGACGGAGUGCCGUUCUAUGCAAUUUUGGGUUCCUUGUGACCGAUUAACGUGCAACAACCAUAAUACAUGGUCCACAAUUUCAGAUAUGCUGUGUGACCUAGGUGUCCCCUUACGUGUUCGGCCUUUCAUGAUUUCUCGUAUCAUUCCAUCGGCCGAAUUAUUGGUGAAACAAAAUCUCGUAAUGGUAAUACCCAUGGUAGUGUCUAUUGAUGUAGUGGGCCGUCCAGAAGACGAAGAUGAAGACGCAGACACAAUGGUGCCAAUGGAGUCGAGGCGAGUGCCGGCUAGCGAGGCAUCUAUUGAGGCCUUGGAGAAGGUGAAAGUCAAAAAUGCAGAUACUAAGAUGCAGUGUGUCAUAUGUUUGGAACAGCUUUUGGUUGGUUCGGAGGCAACCCGGAUGCCUUGCUUGCAUGAUUUCCACGGUGAUUGCCUUGUUCGAUGGCUCGGAAUUAGUAACUUGUGUCCAUUGUGUCGCUUUCGGAUGCCCACUUGAAGUAACUUUUAAUAUUAGUACUGUGUGCCACGCCUGAUGUUAUUAUCUGUAUUAUUGAUCAAUUGUUUUUUUUUUUUUUUUUUGCUGGCUAAUAAACUAUCCAUAUUCUUUUGUUUUUCCUAAAUGAAGAAACUAUCCCUUCCAAUAUUGGGAAGGCUCGUUGCUUUGUCAAACUUCUAU